AUUCACAAUUACAAGUAAAUUUGUCACAUUUUAUAUUACUCUAAAGUUUAUUUAGUAAAAUUAUGACGCAUUUUAUUAAAAAUCUACGUGAAAUGAAGAGUCUCGUAGCUUUGUGCAUGGCCUUUGUAUUUUACGUGACUAAUGCAUCUGACCCUUCUCCUCUUCAGGACUUCUGCGUUGGUGUAGACCACCCUAACUCUGGAGUGUUUGUGAAUGGGAAAUUCUGCAAGAAUCCAAAAGACGUAACAAUCAAUGAUUUCCUACACAAAGGAUUCAACAUUCGCGGAGACACAAACAAUACAGAUGGAGCAGAAGCCACACUAAUCGACGUUAAGAGAUUUCCCGCACUUAACACACUAGGAGUCGCCAUGGCUCGUGUCGAUUUCAGUCCAUUUGGUCUAAACACGCCACAUUUACACCCUCGUGGGUCCGAGAUAUUCGCGGUCCAAGAGGGAACUCUGUAUGCUGGUAUUGUCAGCACCGAUUACAAACUAUAUGACACAAUAUUAACAAAAGGUGACAUGAUUGUUUUUCCUCAAGGUUUAAUUCAUUUUCAACUAAAUAUUGGUAAGACAGAUGCUCUAGCAUUUGUGUCUUUUGGUAGCCAAAAUCCUGGUCGUGUUAAUGUUGCUGAGGGUGUUUUUGGAACAACACCACCAGUUUUAGAUGAUGUUCUUACCAAAGCUUUUAAAGUCGAUAUUAGUGUGAUUCAGAAACUUCGAUCUCAGUUUUCUGAUCAACAUGUAUCGACUAGUGCUGGAAGAUCAAUCCUCACCUUGUUAUCUCAAUCUUUAUAAGCAUGAUUGUACGGAUCCUAAACCAUGAAAUAUUUCGCUAUUAAUUAUUUCUAGUUUAUUUCACGUAUGUAAUGCAGGUCUAAUAAUCACAUAAUAAUUAAUAUGUUAUGGUGAAGAAUAAUCUUUGUGUGAAAUUUGUUUUAUAUUUUUUUUUUCUUAAUUAGUUAAAUUGUUUCUUUUAAUAAUUGUAUUUUCGGAUGUUUUGUAAAAUAAAUGGUUUGAAUAAGUUAUAAUAAAAAGUUUUAUUUAAUUUU